CCCAGUAGGGAGGCAUGAGAAUUGGGGAGAAGGGCACAAAGAUCCUCAGACAAAUGAGGUUCUGGAGCUUUGUGGGUGAAUCUGCUCUUGUCACUAUGUAGGUGGGACUGUAGGUCAGGUGGUUCUUUUGUGUUUAUAAGUCCUCACCCAUCCUAAAGUGGGCACAUUCAGAAGAAGAAAAAAAAUUCUACCAGGAGCCCUGAUCAGUUAAGCACAGAAUUUCCCACUUGGUCCCGGAGGGCUCCAUCGUGUUUCUCCAGAGGAAAGGAUGCCGCAGCCAGCUUUGUCCUUCUUUCUCCUGCUACUGGCUGUCUCUGCCAAUCUCACCAAGACUGUCACAAAGGACAAGAGAGCUCCUCAGACCCUCUCCAGAGGAUGGGGUGAUGACAUCACUUGGGUACAGACUUAUGAAGAGGGGCUCUUCCAGGCCAAGAAGAGUAACAAGCCCCUGAUGGUCAUUCAUCAUCUGGAAGACUGUCAGUACUGCCAAGCUUUAAAGAAGGUAUUUGCCAAGAGUGAUGAAAUCCAGGAAAUGGCUCGUACUAGCUUUGUCAUGCUCAAUCUCAUGCAUGAAACCACUGACAAGAACCUGUCACCUGAUGGGCAGUAUGUGCCUAGAAUCAUGUUCGUGGAUCCUUCUUUGACAGUCAGAGCUGACAUCACCGGGAGAUAUUCUAAUAGACUCUAUACAUAUGAACCCCAAGAUUUGCCAGUAUUAAUAGAAAAUAUGAAGAAAGCCUUACGACUCAUCCAGAAGGAGUUAUAAAUGUUGGUGGAGAAGACGCAGAAAUCCUCUCAACUUUAAAGCACAUUCAUUAAGUAUUUGUUAGAGCCUAUGGGAGUUGCCACAAUGUAAGCGUAUGGGGAUGUGUGUGUGAGGGCUUGAGACUUUCUAAGUGAGUGAGUGUCCUCUAGAGGCAGGCUAGUGAUAGGUGGAGGCUGCAAUGUACAAAGUAGUGUGUCCAACUUAACUGAACAGUAAGUAGUGCAGGAGACUGGUGAUUGGGUGGUGAUGGAACUGAUGAUGGCAGGGCCAAAGGUGGCAUUGACCCACAAAAUGCCAACCACCAUCCAACCCCUAAUUGGAACCUUGGACAGCAACUGGAAACUAUCUUAGAUUUCUUUAUAAUGUGGAAUUAUUUCAGUAUAAAUUCCCAUCGCUAGUUAGGCAUCAGCAGGUGAAUUUCAUUCGUGUCUUAUCACUUGAAGCAAUUCACCCCAGCUUCCAAUAUGUCAGAAUCACUGUUCUUUUCCUUUAGCAGUUACUUAAUAAGUGCCUACUGAAUUUCAUUGAAAUUUGUAGUUUAAACAACCUGAGGAGAAGCAGCAAGAUGUAGGACACAGAGAACCAGUUUUGAAGUCAGGAAAACUUGCAUUUAAAUCCUGCCUUUGAGAUGUAACUGGCUGUAUGAUGAUGGGCUGGCUCUGGUCAGCUCUGAUGAGCUGCAGGUUAA